ACUACCGUAAUUGGGGUGUCAGAGCGACGCGGAGGGAAAACGUGGGAACAACGCUCGUCAACGCUUGUGAAUUUGGUCUUAUCAAGAAAGUUUUCAGAUAUACUUCUUCAACAUGUCUGCCAUGGGAUUACCCCUCAACCCAAAGCCCUUCCUGAAUGGGCUAACGGGCAAACCUGUCAUGGUCAAACUCAAGUGGGGUAUGGAAUACAAAGGCUACCUCGUCUCUGUGGACGGCUACAUGAACCUGCAGCUUGCAAACACGGAGGAGUACAUUGAUAGCGUGUUUCAGGGAAAUCUUGGCGAAGUCCUCAUCAGAUGUAACAAUGUGAUGUACGUCAGAGGCGUUGAGGAGGAAGAGGAAGAUGGAGAGAUGAGGGAAUGAUAGGCAGUCUCCAUGGCAACAAGAGGAUACUAGGCACUCUCUGUCUUCAUCCCGCUGAGGGCCGCACAGCAUCCUGGACUCAGUGCUGCUUGUGUGACCUGAGCAAGCAUUCCCUGCCAACCAUUGAGACUGUAUCCUGUCCGUGUAGAUCCCUGUAUUAUGUACAUUCAUAUCACUGACUUCAACCUGAUGAUCCUUGAAAAAAAUGAUACCAAGGCUAAUGACAGGGAUUUAAGAUGGAGGUGCCUUCUGUAAAUAGUGUAAUGGAUCCUUUUCUUUAUACAUGUACAUGUUACUACAAGCACAUUUUGUGUAAGUUUAGUUUUGGGAACUGUUGGAAGAUUUGUUUCUUUCAUUUUUCUUCAUUUCAGACAAUGCAAAUGUAGAUGACCAGAUCCCACCCAUUUAUUAUGCACUUGUUGCGCACCCACACACUGUGAAGGAUGAACUUCAAUUUUUUUUAGUCAUAUGUUGUGGAGUGUUUGUGCUGGGAGGGUAAAAUGCACAUGCUUUUUGCCAGUUAAUGUCUUUGUGCUGGCCAGUCACAGUCAUAAGGUCAGCAACGCUGGGAAUUGCAUUGAUUUUCUAAAUUACAUUGAUUUUUCAAAAUUACAUUGAUAUUCAAAAUUACAUUGAUUUUCAUGCAUACCGAAAAAUACAAAAGAAAAUAGGUGAAUAAUUAUAUGAUAUUUUGAAAUGUCUCUUCAGCAAGUUUUUUAUAAAAAUAUCUUCUACAAGAGGAGUUUUUCACUUAGAGAAAGAAAGCCUUUGGUUGCAUUAGUACACUGUGGAUUAAAUUGUUUUGUUUUGCCCUUGGUAAUAAUAGAUAUCCUUGUUUUGAAAAACA